AUGGGGGAAAUCGUCCACAUCCAGGCUGGCCAGUGCGGCAACCAGAUCGGUACCAAGUUCUGGGAGGUGAUCAGUGAUGAACACGGCAUCGACCCCACCGGCACCUACCACGGCGACAGCGACCUGCAGCUCGACCGCAUCAGCGUCUAUUACAACGAGGCCACAGGUACUGGUGGUAAAUAUGUCCCUCGCGCCAUCUUGGUCGAUUUGGAACCAGGCACCAUGGACUCUGUCCGUUCCGGUCCCUUCGGCCAGUUCUUUCGACCAGACAACUUCGUCUUCGGCCAGAGCGGAGCUGGUAACAACUGGGCCAAGGGGCACUACACGGAGGGGGCCGAGCUGGUGGACUCGGUGCUGGACAUGGUGAGGAAGGAGGCGGAGAGCUGUGACUGCCUGCAGGGCUUCCAGCUGACCCACUCUCUGGGCGGCGGCACAGGCUCGGGUAUGGGCACGCUGCUGAUCAGCAAGAUCCGGGAGGAGUACCCCGACCGCAUCAUGAACACCUUCAGCGUGGUGCCAUCGCCCAAGGUCUCGGACACGGUGGUGGAGCCUUACAACGCCACCCUGUCCGUCCACCAGCUGGUGGAGAACACAGACGAGACCUACUGCAUCGACAACGAGGCCCUGUACGACAUCUGCUUCCGCACCCUCAAGCUCACCACCCCCACCUACGGCGACCUCAACCACCUGGUCUCGGCCACCAUGAGCGGCGUCACCACCUGCCUCCGGUUCCCUGGGCAGCUCAACGCCGAUCUCCGCAAACUGGCCGUCAACAUGGUGCCCUUCCCUCGUCUCCACUUCUUCAUGCCUGGCUUUGCCCCCUUGACCAGCCGUGGUAGCCAGCAGUACCGGGCCUUGACUGUGCCAGAGCUGACCCAACAGGUCUUCGACACUAAGAACAUGAUGGUGGCCUGUGACCCCCGCCACGGGCGCUACCUGACAGUGGCGGCCAUCUUCCGUGGCCGCAUGUUCAUGAAGGAGGUGGAUGAGCAGAUGCUGAAUGUGCAGAACAAGAACAGCAGCUACUUUGUGGAGUGGAUCCCCAACAACGUCAAGACGGCCGUGUGCGACAUCCCGCCCUGCGGGCUCAAGAUGGCCGCCACUUUCAUCGGCAACAGCACGGCCAUCCAGGAGCUCUUCAAGCGCAUCUCAGAGCAGUUCACCACCAUGUUCCGCCGCAAGGCUUUCCUCCACUGGUACACGGGCGAGGGCAUGGGCGAGAUGGAGUUCAUCGAGGCAGAGAGCAACAUGAACGACUUGGUGUCCGAGUACCAGCAGUACCAGGAUGCCACGGCCGAGGAGGAAGAGGACUUCGGGGAAGAGGCUGAAGAAGAAGCUUGAAGCUUCACCUGCCACCAUAAACGCGCCCGCACAAAUUAAUUAAAAAAAAAAACAACAAAUACCCACAUUGCAUCAUGUUCCAAUUUUCUUUCUUCCUUCCUUCUCAACUGUCUUCUCCAUCCAGGUUCCUCCAGGGCUGAGCUUACUCUGGUUCUGUGAUCUCCCAUGUAAACAUCAGCUUGGGCAUCGGAGCAAGAGAUGCCACUUCUGCUGUCCCUCAUCUGUCUUCUCUUCUUCCCCAGCACUAACUUAUUGUGAGGUUCUGUCUCCAAUAAGUCAGAUCCCCUUUCUCUGUAGCUGUCUGCAUCCAAUGGCAUCUCUCCUCUGCUCUCUCUCAAAGAGGGAGUUUAAAUUUUGGUGAUUCUUCUCAGCCCAUGCUCAUCUCGCUGAGGUGUUCUUCAGGGAUGGGAGAAGAUGGAGUGUGGGGAUAACAGAGGGCUCGGUUGGAUUGUCUAAGACCUGAAAUGUAACACAAGGGAUGUGCAAGUU